AUGUGUAAAUUAAUAAUAAUACUACUGCCAAUAUUAUUAAUAUUACUAUUGCCACAAACCAGUAGUAAAUUGACCAGGUUAACUCUGACUAAAUUCCAAUCAAUGCGAAAUUAUUGUCAACAAAACAACUUAAAUAUAAGCGAUAUUUUUCCCAAUAAUGUGGGCCAAAACGGGUCGGCCAUAUUGGAGCCGCUGUCCAAUUACAUGGACUCCGAAUACUAUGGCGUCAUAUCGUUGGGUACACCGCCUCAGCCUUUCAAAGUAAUAUUUGACACGGGAAGCUCAGACUUAUGGGUGCCGGGCAUAUACUGUCAAUCAUACGCCUGCAAAAUCCACCGUAAAUACAAUCCAUCUAGAUCAUCCACAUACCAGCCCAAUGGUCAGCUCUUUGCCAUACAAUACGGCACCGGCAGUGCUACCGGAUAUCUAAGUUCAGAUACACUGACAAUAGGUGGAGCUAAAGUAGUCAACCAGACAUUUGCCGAGACAACAAGUGAACCUGGUACUACAUUUAUAUACUCCGAGUUUGACGGCAUAUUAGGCAUGGGUUACCCGCAGUUGUCUUCCUAUGGAGUGACGCCAGUGUUCAACAAUAUGAUAGCACAGGGAGUGGUGUCGGCGCCGGUCUUCUCCUUCUACCUGAGCCGAGGCGUGAGGGGAAAACCCGACGGAGAGCUUAUACUCGGUGGCACUGACCCCAACCACUAUACAGGUAACUUUUCAUACGUAAACGUGACUAAACAGGGUUACUGGCAAUUUCAAAUGGACAUGGUCAGUGUGGGUGACGUACAGUUGUGCACCGGUGGCGGGUGUCAGGCCAUCGCAGACACCGGCACUUCGCUAUUAGUGGGACCGCAGCAUAAGAUUGCGCGCAUAAACCGCGCGAUUGGCGCCACAUAUCAGAGCGACGGUCAGUAUGUCAUGGAUUGCCGUUCAGUGCAGUCAUUGCCGACCGUCACCUUCACUAUCGCCGGUCACGCGUUUCCCUUAACCGGCGCUCAGUAUGUGUUGCGACAGUUGGGACCCAACGGUCGGCCCCAAUGUCUGUCCGGCUUCUCAACGAUGGGUUCGACUCUACAAUGGAUUUUAGGCGAUGUUUUCAUUCAAACGUAUUAUACUUUAUAUGAUUUCGGCAAUAAUAGGGUUGGAUUCGCGACAGCGAAAUAA